AUGGCGGCACGGUACUAUGAACAGAAUACGAGUGGUAUGAAUUUCGAUCGCUUUCUUGAUCGGUUUGAUGAGACAACUCUCGUCACCAUGAAAAGACAUUAUUGGACGGCGAAGCAACUAUUAAGAACUAAAUUGGGAAAGAAGGAGGAUGAACAUUUGAAAGCGUCUGAUGCAGAGUUGGACUCAAAACUCACAUUAUUUCAUUCCGUUCGGGACACUUCGGAAAGUUUAUUGGCUUGUAUCGAGCAGUAUCAAGGAUACCUUCUAGACACUACUCUCGUAGAGAAUGAACUAGGAAAGUUUUUGAAAGUCCAAGGAAGAAAAGAGAAUCGUGAUGAAUCAGCUACAAUAAUGAUUGCUGUAGGUAGAUGUCUCUUACUCAGCAGUCAUCAAAGAGCUGCUAUACGUCAACCGAUAUUCAGAUUUUAUCAAGAACUUCAUGUUUUUGCUGAAAGGGCAAUAGCCGAUUGCACACAAACAGUAGAUGCUGUUGAACGUGCUCGUCUAGAAUACAGAGGCAGUUUACUAUGGAUGAAAAAAACAAGUGAAGAGUUGGAUCCUGACACUGAUCAACAGUUGGAUAAAUUCCGUGAAGCUCAAACGGCAGUACGUGCAAAUAAGGAGCGAUUGGACAAAUUGAAAUUAGACACCCUACAAAAAGUUGAUCUUUUAUCUGCUUCGCGUUCCAAUUUGCUGUCACACUUGCUAGGCAAAUAUCUGGAACUCUUGAUAACUUAUUAUGAGAAAACAUCAAGAGCAUAUCAAGCAUUGGCAUCUAAUCUUUCUCACUUUCAACAUUACGAGUUCGAUAUUCCAGUUGGACUCGGAAAAUCGACUAAAACACCAAAAGGCAAGCAGAGGAGUCAAUCUGAUUCUGAUGAUAAGAGAGAAAAACAGAAUGUUGAAAGAGAAGGAAGUUGCGAAGCACCAGCCAGAAUAUCAGAAGAACCAUCUAAUGUCAUCGGAAAUUUAUUGAAUUUGGAUGAUCAGUCGCAAGAUAGUCUUCAGAAGUACUUCUUUGGACGAGAUAGUCCUCCUCCAUUAAAUGAUAAUUCUUUGGAUGACUCGAUGAGUAAUCAGUAUACAGGAGUUGCUAGUACAGCAAAUGAUGAAGAAGAAGACCCUAGUGAACUGAACAAUCGAGUUGAUAGUCCAUUAGGUCUGCCACAAGACGACCUCACGGAAGAAGAAGAUGUUAGCAGAUUAUUUAAGAAAAUGAAGAUUGGUCCCUUAGCUCCGUCAAAUGCUCUUCUGGACAUUGGAACGGCUGAAGUUCCCCGUUUAGCUCCACCACCUGUGUCGAGUUCUUUUUCCUCUGCCACAUUGCUUCCCCUGUCAAGUGGUUCUGAUCUUCUUGAUGAUCUUUUCUCUACAACGCAAUCCUCAAAACCAGAAGGAGCUACGGGUUCAUGUACUACCGAUGGUAGCAGCAUAAUGCAUCUCCUGAAUGCGACUAAACAGCCAGAGACUAAUUUCCCUAAUCCUUUCCAGGGUGAACCAUCGGAAUGGGAUCUAUUGUUAUCACAGUGUGAUAUCCAACAGCAGACCAAUGAUCUCCUCUAA